CAAUUUGGCGGCAUCAAAACCGCUGCUCAUCUGCAAAACCUCCAUUCUUCUUCUUCUUUCUUCACUCCUCUUAGGAGAAUCUCCAAUCGCCAUAGAUUUCAGUCCUUCAAAUCUCCAACCAUUUGGCGGUCUGAUUGCAAAACUCGCGUUCAUUAUCUCCUGGCGCCGUAUAAGGCGACAAAAAUCGAGAUGGGUACUUCCGAUUCCCCUUCCUUUAGUUUCCCUGACCUCCGAUGUUUGGAAGAUGAGUUCAGUUUGAGUGAGAAAGAAGACCCAUAUGCGGACUUGACCUCCUCCUCCUCAUCUUGCUCCAUUUCCGAGAUCGAUGAUGAAUAUUUCCAGGCAUUGAUCGAGAGAGAGACCCUGUUCGAUUCAAAUCACUUUACAUCUAAAGAUGUUAGCACAUCUAGUUGGUUGAAGUCCGCUCGUCUGGAAGCUAUAAAAUGGAUUCUAAAUACAAGAGAGUUCUUUGGAUUUCAGUUCAGUACAGCUUAUCUAUCAUUAGCAUACUUUGAUCAUUUUCUUUCAAGGAGAUCAAUUGAUGAAGGGAAACUAUGGGCUGUUCAAUUGUUAUCAAUUGCAUGUGUAUCAUUGGCUGCGAAAAUGGAGGAAAUGAAAGCACCUGUUUUGACACAAUUUCAGACGGAUGAUGAUGAUUACAAGUUUGAAUGGAGUUCAAUUCAGAGAAUGGAGUUAUUGGUUUUGAGUCAUUUGCAAUGGAAAAUGCAUCUAAUCACUCCAUUUUCAUAUUUGCAUUACUUCAUUACCAAAUUAUGCGUUGAUUUUAGAGAUUGCAGUCUUCAAGACUUUGUUUCUAUGGCCGUGGAUUACAUUCUAACCAUCACAAGAGAAGUUAAUCUUGUUGAGAUUAGACCAUGUGUAGUUGCAAUGGCAGCAAUCUUGGCUGCUGAUGAUGAUCAAUUGACUAGAAAAGCAAUGGAGACGAAAAUGAGUUCAAUUUCAUCUUGGAAUUCCAUCUUGAAAGAACAAGUAUGUAGGUGUUACGAUUUAAUGGUUAAAAUGAAGAAGGUAAAUAAUUGUACACCUGAAUCCGAAAAAUGUGGGGAUUGUUCUUUUUCUUCUUCUUUGGCUGUCAAGACCGGUGCAGGCUUUAAAAGAAGACUUAGUUUUACGAUAUCAAACAAGGAAUGUUUGAGACCUUAUCGUCGAGUUCGACGGUCAUAAAGGGUUGUUGAUUUUGAAUUAUAUGAGGGUAAAAUAGUUCUUUAAUUUAUUUUAUUUGACUGUCAUUGAUGAAGCCUCAAGCUCUCAUUGAAUGCUUCUUCUUCUUCUUCUUCCUCACUUUGUCUUUCAAAAGGUUGAAAGCCAAAAUAGUACUGAUCAAGAAUGAUGUGAUAAUGGUUGCUCCUGUAAAAGAGGAGAUGGGUGUGUAAAAUGUGUUUGUUUUCAACUUGCAAUAUUGGUUUUGCAUUUUGAUUUAUUUUUGCUAAGAUUGCAUUUUGAUUUAUUUGUAUUCAGCUAUGGCAUCUAUCAUCUAUGUCAAGCUAUCUACAAAAUAAAUGGAGAUUUUGCCUUUUAUUUU